GAGUUAUAGACGAUAAAUCUAAAUCUCCAGAAAUUAUCGAGGAAUUGGUGGAAGAUGGACCCAAGUUAGUUAUUAAUGAUUCGCCUGUUCUACCUCCCAGUAAUGAAGAACCUACCACUCAAGCGGAAACGUUAUCUCCUACAUAUCCAGCUAGGGAACAGCGAGAGGCUCGUCUUCGUCAAAAAGCUAUCGAACUUGGCGAGGAUCCAGAUAA